AUGAAUAUUGAUAGAUUAAACAGAACGAUAGCUAAUACUUCCUUUGGGAAGUAUUUUAAGCUUGAAAAUAGUGGAGCUUCUAACACUCGCGACACUCAAUUCACUACUGAGCUUCGUGCUGGGCUUACGACAUUUUUUGCUAUGGCCUAUAUCGUAGCUGUCAAUGCGGCAAUUGUUGCCGACUCAGGUGGCCCAUGUGUUUGCCAAAACCCUGAUAUUGCAAAUACGUGUAUUGGCGAUCCGGAUUAUGCUGCAUGUCAAAUGGUGGUGAAGAGAGAUAUAAUUACUGCAACUGCUGCUGUUUCAUGUUUAGCUUCAGCUAUUAUGGGAAUUUUUGCGAAUCUGCCAUUAGGUCUUGCCCCAGGGCAAAUAAACUUUUAUUUAGUCGGUUUCCACGGUGGAGGUAAUAUUCCAUAUACACUUGCAAAACUUAUCCCAAAGUCCAUAAAAAAUGCUGCUGCCGCUGGUAUCGGCCUCUUUCUUUGUUUCAUUGGAUUCCAAAAAAAUACUGGAAUUGCCUUAAUUGCUACUGAUCCAACUACAGUCGUGUCGCUUGGAGGCUGUCCGGAUCAAUAUUUUAAUAGCACAACUGGUGCUUGUACGGGCCAUCACAUGGAGAGUCCUAUUACUUGGUUUGGAGUUCUGGGUUUCUUAAUUAUAGCAAUUCUAUUGCUUUAUAAAGUUAAAGGAAGCCUAUUAUUGGGAAUCACUUUUAUCAGUGUCGUAAGUUGGUUUAGAAAUAGUCAAGUUACUUAUUUCCCUUACACACCUGACGGUGACGAAAGAUUCGAUUUCUUUAAGAAUGUUGUUGGCUUCCACUCAAUCGAAAACAACAAGGAUAUCUGGAUCGCCUUAAUAACCUUCCUGUAUGUCGAUAUAUUUGAUGCUACUGGAACCAUCUAUUCAAUGGCAAAAUUUGGUGGCUUUACGGAUGAAACUGGUGAUUUUGAAGGAGCAACUGCUGCAUAUAUAUGUGAUGCCUCUUCGAUUUCAAUUGGCGCUAUUUUUGGCUUGCCUCCUGUCACGGCUUUUGUUGAAUCGGGGGCGGGGAUUAUGGAAGGUGGUCGAACAGGAAUAACUGCUCUCACCAUAUCGUUCUUCUUCUUUAUCUCGUUAUUCUUUGCUCCAAUUUUUGCUAGUUUACCUCCAUGGGCUACUGGUCCUGCUUUGGUGGUUGUUGGGUCUAUAAUGGUGAGGAACAUUAAAAAUAUUAACUGGGAUUAUGUUGGGGAUGCAAUGCUUAGUUUUUUAACCAUUGCGAUUAUGCCAUUAACAUUCAACAUUGCCUAUGGUCUUAUCGCCGAACCGUGGGAUGGUCCCGGUGAUGAAGGAUUAUUACCACUUUGGCUUGUUGAUAUUACAUAUAAGGCACGAAAGAUAACGAAAUCAACAACAACAGUGGAAACAGAAACGAUAGAAAUUUCAAAGGAACAAAUGAAUAAUGAAGUGAAUGAAGUGGAUAAUGAAGUGAAAAUGGAAGAAUAA